CUCCAGUGACCCCCUCCCCCAAGCACCCCUCCCUCCACAGGACCCGACUUUCUCCCUGCUGUGCCCCAUCACCCCAGCAGGGACCAGCUUAAACUCCGCUGGGGCUGAGAGCCUGCCCCAUCUGGCGCACCCACCGGGUACUUGAGCCCCUGGUGCCUUCUGGGCUCCCACUCUGCUUCCAGCAGGUGCUUGCCGAGUUCCUUCUUUCCAAAGUGCCUGCAGGGAGCCUGUGGUGCUGUGCCCUUCCGGCAUCCCCACACAGCACAUUUACAGGUUCUCCUCGCUGGCAUUCCCACCCUGCUGGUUGUAGCUGGUCUGUGCCCCUGUGUGCUGGUCCCAUCGCAGGAAGAGGAUUCUGGCAUGUACACCCCAGGUGGCUCUGGGUUGCCUGGAGGGCGCAGGCGGAGAGGCCAGAGUGGAGGUGCCCUGCCAAAGCAGCCAGAGAGGAGCCUAGCCUCUGCACUGCCUGGUGCCCUAUCUAUCACAGCCCUGUGUACUGCACUGGCGGAGCCUGCCUGGCUACGGAUUCAUGGGGGAACCUGUUCCCGUCAGGAGCUAGGUGUAGCUGACGUACUUGGCUACGUUGACCCAGAAUUGCUUAGAGACUACUGCAUGAAUCCACAGACUGUUUUGUUGCUCCGAGUCAUUGCUGCUUUCUGCUUCCUUGGAAUAAUCUGCAGUCUUUCAGCUUUCCUGCUGGAUGUUUUUGGACCCAAGCACCCUGCACUGAAGAUCACUCGACGUUAUGCCUUUGCUCACAUUCUCACAGUUUUGCAAUGUGCCACAGUGAUUGGAUUCUGUUACUGGGCUUCAGAGCUGAUUCUUGCACAACAGCAACAGCACAAAAAGUACCAUGGAUCUCAGGUCUACGUCACCUUUGCUGUCAGCUUUUACCUGGUUGCUGGAGCUGGCGGAGCCUCCAUCCUCGCUACUGCUGCCAACCUGCUGCGACACUAUCCAACCGAGGAGGAAGAGCAGGCACUGGAGCUCCUGUCUGAGAUGGAGGAGAAUGAAUCUUACCCAGCAGAGUAUGAAGUGAUCAACCAGUUCCAGCCGCCUCCUGCGUACACACCAUAACGCUGCCAGUGAGCCAGAGGGGGUUGCAUUAGGCUUUCUCCCCACCCCUGAAACACUGCCCACCUCUUUGUGGGAAUGCACUCCUUUGCCCAUGGAGGCCAUUCAACAGUGCUUCAUGUCCGGGCACCUUACUCACUUUUAUGCUCUUCUCCCCACAAGAGCGAGGACUAACUUUAGACCAGUGGCGGCUUCUUACAGAGCCCCCAAAGCCCCCUUGUUUUAUGGACUUUGUUUUAUGAUUUUUUAUUAUCUCCCACUCCCAUGCAUUGUACCUACCUUGCAUUGCUGAAAUCACACCUGACCAGGGUGAUUUUAGAAGCUUUGUUUCCUGUGUAUUCUCAGUCUUGUACUGUAGUGCCCCGAUGCUCCCACUCACCAGCAUGGUGCACAAGUGCACAGCUGUGCAGGGGGAAGUCAUACUUGUGUGUGAUGUGCCUGUGCAUAUCUUGGGAGAAAGGGCGGUUGGAGGCAGGGGGUUCCACAGUCUCACAUUGUGAUAGUCAAGAUCUCAUUCAUGUUGGCUUGUACCUCAACAUGGAGGUGAAAGUCACACAGCUAUAAAUGCCUGCAUUAGAGGUGAAUUCUACACUCUUCUGCUGUUAUCUGAGCAAGGUCAGCCAAGCAUCUGGAGAGGUGUAACUUAUUGAUUGGCAUACCCAGAGAGAGAUGUUCUCUCCCCUCCUCUCCUUCCUCUCCUCCACUCCCCCCCGCCAGAGUACCAUGGCACGUAGAUACAAGUGAAAUUCCUGCCACUAUGAACUAGUGCAGUGUUUCCCAAUUGGUUCUCCGCGGAACCCAGGGGUUUCGCGAGCAAAAGCAAGGGUUCCAUGAGGAGCCAACACUCCCCCGCCACCUUUCAAUGCGAUAGAGCCUUUAUGUUUUGCAGCAGGACUCGUAGCGAUUUUUUUUGGUUUUGCUUGACGAAACGCAGCGGCAGGGCUGUUUUGGUUUUUUGGGGGUUUUUUCCUUGAUGAAAUGCAGUGGGGGCCCUUUUUUUUUUAAGGCAACCGUAGGGGUUCUGUGGCCAAAUAAAAUUGGGAAACACUGGCCUAGUGUGUAGAGAAAUUCCUUUAUAUCCAUAGUAUACUAUGGGAAAGGUCUAGCAAAUCUGCUACCACUGCUUUAUCCACUUCCACAUUCUGAUUCAUGCUAUUUACACGAGCAUUUUGCACUUUAUUCUCUGAGCCCACAGCCUUUUGCCUCUGACUUUGGCGGGGGGGGGGGACUGUGGAACUAGCUAGGACCAGCUGCUGUAUACUGCUACCACUAAGCAGCCCUCAAAUAAGUUUGAAAAUAUUAGGCCAGAGCUGGUUGAAAAGCUGUGCUAAUUUCAACUGUGGUAUAGAGGGAGCUUGGUCCUGCCAUGAGGGCAGGAGACUAGACUUGAUGAUCUCAAUACCUGUUCAGGUCCAGCUCCCAGGGAUACCACAGUCCAUACCAGCAAGAGGAUCUAUGAUGGCUUUUAGUCUGUUUGGUGUUAAAGUGAACAUAAUAUUCAGUGACAACUACUGGAAACCUAUUCCGUAGUCUCCACUUAGAUACACAGUGUCAGACGUAGAGAUUGUAUGCAAACUCUGUCUCCACGCUGACCUACUCUGGUUUUAAGACAUUUUAGAUAUUUGGAUAUUUUCCUUUCCUUUUUGUCCUUUACACCCUUACCUUUACAAGGACCAUUCUCCCAGCUGACGGUGUCAGGCUGUGACCAAUCAGCGCACUCUAUCUAGCAGUCCCAGGAAGUGUUAUAGAACCACACACAGACAGCACUUGACUGGCUCCCUUCUCCUUACAUGUACUAAUACCAGGCCUACUGAGAGAGAGCCAGAAACACUCAUCCACGUACUUGCACUGUGCCAGCCACAAUCAUCAUGAUUGUAGGGACAGCAUAUUACACUGAAAGACACUGAAGGAGAAACUCAAUUUACCAUUGCUUCAUGGAGGGAAUUGUUUUUAAAGGUUUUAGAAAGCAGCCUGCAUGUCACUGAAAUGCUGAGUUGAAUUCUGUGUGGGGUUUGAUCAUGUUCUUCAAAUAAAAUGAGGCUUGGGAAGGAAGUGUUAUGUCUCCAAGUGCUGGCUUGAAACUGAUGAUGCAGUGGUUUGUCUGAGUCACUUUAGGACAGGUCUACUGCAGCUUGUAACUUAAAUGCAGUUUCUAGUGGACACCCCUCCCCCCGCCUCUUUGAAUGUAUAUCAGAUAUUGAUGUGUUACCAGCAAUUUUGUUUAGCUUGUUUCUUUCCCUCCCAUAUUUGCAGCAGUGUUGGUAACACAGAAGAGGAGAUCUCCAGUGUAAUGCAAUAUCCAGACCUCAGAUACAAACCUGGAGUCUUAUCCUAGGAGAAUGUAAGAUUCUUCCUCUCUGCCCCUCAGUCCCCUACUUAGGGGGAAGCAGCAGAAGAUUGUAGAUUGAUUCUGUAGAGUUGCCAAGGAAUCUUCUCUACUAAAAGUGUUGGAACAGAAAGACAAGGUGUCUGAUAAAGGCCUUUUAGAGCUUAGAAGGAACUCAGGUGGCAAAGAGGCUGCCAGUGGUAAUAGUAAAGGGGUCCUCUCCAGCAAACAACCAAAUGUCUCUGCUUUGCUCUUCUCUUCUGCUUCAGAGGAAUGCCCAGCUUAAUGCCAGCUGUUAUACAUGGAGCCAGAAAGUGUAUUGGUGAGGGCCCUAGAAGACUGUGGGACUGGCUGAUAUGUCCUGCUCUGACAUUGAACCACAGUCCACAUAUGUAGUGAACUCCAUAGGGAGCUGUCUGGUGUGGGUGGAAAAUGUUCUGGGUUUCUCCCUACUGCUGAGAGAGGGAAUGUGUUUGUUUAAAAAUAUCCUAUGCAUAAUAAAUUGUAUAUCUGUAAAAAUACUUUAAUCAUCCUAAUAACUGAUCCUUGGGGCUUGAGGAAAUCUACAUGAAAUUGGGGGGCAGAGGGAGGGAGUUAUUCCAGCUACUCCAUGCAGCUUUCUCUUCUUCCUCAAGCCCUGGGGAGGGAAAGCAGAACAGGAAACACAUCCAAGUGUCAAAGGGACUUUGAACCAAUUCAGGAAAGGAGACCACCCUCAGCUCAUCUGUUUUUCCUCUCCUACUGGGACUUUACAACUGGUUUACAGGUGAUCCAUGCAUUCACUUAGUAUGACUUUUCACACCAUCAAUGUCAUUCACAAUGCACUGGUGGCUUAUGUAAAUUCAGCUCUACAUUCUGAUUUUUUUCUAGAGAAAAUAAAAAGUCUGUGUCUGGUG